UUGCUACACACACAAACACACUUUCUCUCUCUUGAUGCUUUUCUUUCUCUCUCUAACUUUCUUCAUUUGGUAAAGUAAAAAUCUUCAGAUUUUCCUUCAUUUUUCCUGGAAUGUUGCAGACUACUGUGAUCGAUAUGGACUGGAAUACAAAGUGGGACUGGGAAAACCUCGAUCUUUUCAGUUCAAAAGGGGUUGCAAGUCCCAAGAAGCUACAAUCGCCAGAUUGGGGAAUCAAAGAGGGGGAAGACAUCGAUGUGUCUUUUAAUCUGUCAGGGGUUGUUGGUGGAAGCGGAGGUUCUGCCUCUGAUGUUGGGAACAAUUCAUCAGCGAAGAGCUCGAUAUCAGCUUCAACUGAAUCUUCGUUCAAGGACGGCAUGAAAGUGUCAAAUUUCCCAUUUGAGGGAGCUGGAGGUUUCCCUGAUGCUUUCAGUAAGGAGUUUACCGGAGGUGAGCUAAAUGGAACUUCUCCAUCAUUGGAGGCUUCAGUUUGCUCUUCCGACCAGUCCAUCGGUUUGAAGCUUGGUAAACGAACAUAUUUUGAGAACAGUUUUGCCAGGGGAAAUACCAAAACAUGUUCUUCCCCAAAUAUUCCUGCAUCCUCUGUAUCCACGGUGAAAAAACUUAAAUUAUCUUGCCAAAGUACGCCUAUUCCACGAUGUCAGGUUGAAGGAUGCAACCUUGAUCUCACAUCUGCCAAGGAAUACCAUCGUAAACAUAGAGUUUGUGAAAGUCAUUCAAAAUCCUUAAAAGUUGUUGUGGGUGGUCUUGAUCGUCGGUUCUGCCAACAAUGUAGCCGAUUUCACAGUUUGUCAGAGUUUGAUGGGAAGAAGCGGAGCUGUCGCAGACGGCUUUCCGAUCACAAUGCACGACGUCGUAAGCCACAGCAGGAAACGAUCCAGUUUAACUCCACAAGCCCGUCUUCAUCAUUUUAUGAUGGGCAACAGCAAUUGAGUUUUGUGUUUAACAAUGUUCCUCUGGUUCAAACUAAACCUGGUGGUAGUUCUAUUUGGGAAAGCACAUGCAAUUCGAAACCUUUGGUAGCGACAGUGAAAGCUGAAAAACUUGGAGGGCAUGACGGGCUAACUCAUUCUGUUGGUCAGUUCCCGAAUGCUGUCAACAUGCCUAGUCUUGCUGUAAAUGGGAUUAUGCCAUCCAAGGGCGCCACGGCCAAUGUCUUUGAUCAAGUAGAAUCAGUUGAUGUUGGUCGUGCUCUCUCUCUUCUGUCAAACAAUUGGUGGGGUUCAUCAUGUGAACCAGAUUUCAUGCAUACAACAAAUAUGGGUUUACCAUUCGAGUACUGGCAGCAGGUUGAUCAAGAAUCUCAUAGCAUUCUCAAACCAUGGAAUGGAAUUCAAUACGGGAAUCCGAUGGAUGAAAUCUUGAAGCCCUUGUGAGAUACUUUUCAAUAAAGCCAGCUACGCAGGUAUGUUGUUUAGUUAAUUAGAUUAUUGUUAUUCCAAUUAUAUAUCCAUUCUGUGUCCAAAUGGAGGUUCCAAAACAUGACUGAAA